CGAACUUGGAUGAGUAUGCCUUUGAUUCAAAAUCAAAAUCUCGUGCCACACCCGCAAUAAUCGACGACAAUAAGAUAUCAAAAAUCUCCCGGAAUUCAGUUUCCACUUUAGAGUUUAUCGAGGAAUAUUAUGCGAUAGAAGGAAAUGAAUCAGAUGAGUUGGAUACUCACACUUUUGAACAUCCCGUGGGAUAUGAUGACAAUGAAGGUGUUUUGGUUGAACAGCCACUAUUUGCUGCUUCCGCGACAAAUAAAAGUAAUGAGGAUUUAACCGAAUUAGAAAAUUCGGAAGAAGAAGAAGAUAAUCGUAGGGAUGAUAAAGUUAAAAGGCUGGAUUCUCCUACUAUAGAAUUUGUGGAUGAUCAUUUUUCUAUACCUAAUGCAAACGAACCCGAGAAUUCCUAUAUUCAAGAGUUACCUAAAAGUUUGACCCGGAUUAGACUGAGAGAUUUUAAUCUCGUAUGCAAGUUACAUGAAGGUUAUGAUUGGGAACGUAGUAGAAAGGAAGCGCUGGAUUCUUUGGCACGCGCAAAUUCUCAAGCCAAGAAUGUAAAUGUUGUGGAGACAGGAACAGCGUCUGGUUCUUCGAUUGGAGAAACAAGUAGUUAUCCUUCAUUAGAAGAGAAUAAUAUAUAUAGUCAUAUUUACAACGCUCAGUAUAGAAAUUCAGAUUAUGACGUAACAUCUGAAGUCGAUUACAUGGACGAUUAUAGUGAUACUGCUAGUCAAGUUAGCUCACGAUUGGAUCCUGACAAUACGAAUAUUCGAGAGGGUAAACGGUCCGAGCAUUCAAAUCGUCGAUCUCGGCCAAAGUUAAGUCGCUCAAGCUCUAGCAAAAUUGACAUAAAACUUGAAAAA